UCAAGUAACCAGUCAGUUGCCUCCCGACAACUUGUGUGAGUGGAUGUGCAAAGUGCACUGCUGUGGAAAAUCUCGAAUAUUGUCGGCUUAAUCUUUUGGUAUCAGUGAAAUAUAUUUUGUAAGCACGUAACGAGAUCAGAGGAUAAGCGUAACCAUGAGUAAAAAGUGCGCCAGGUGCGAGAAGGCGGUGUACCCACUGGAGGAGCUGAAAUGUCUGGACAAGAUUUGGCACAAGGGGUGCUUCAAGUGUCAGGAAUGUGCCAUGACCCUCAGCAUGAAGACCUACAAGGGAUACAACAAACUUCCAUACUGCGAGGCGCACAUCCCAAAGGCCAAGGCGACCACAGUGGCGGAGACACCAGAGAUGAGACGGCUGGCUGAGAACACCAAAAUUCAGUCAAAUGUGCAAUACCAUGCUGACUUCGAGAAGAACAAGGCCAAGUUCACCCAGGUGGCGGACGACCCGGAGACUCAGCGACUCAAGAAGAACACUCAGAUAAUAAGCAAUGUGAUAUACCAUGGUGAGCUGGCAAAGAAAUCGGAAAUGGAACGAAAACGAACAGAACCAAAUGAUGACGACGAUGAUGAUGAUGAUGCAGGCCGGUCCUCUGGGCUUGAUACAUUUGGAGGAGACAUUGCCACAGCCACAGCAUCUGUCCACCACACCAUAGCUUCUCACUUACAGACUGAUAAUAGUAAUACUUACAGUUACAGUCAUGAAAUCCCUGCUCCCCCUCACUCUCGCCAGCCUCAAGAUUACUCAGCACACACUCGUUCUCAUGUUCAAUCCAAGCCCUAUAACCAGCAGCAGUCUGCUACACCCCAUCACUCUGGCAAACAGUCGAGAUCAAAUAACAACAACCCUUCUGCUUACAUACAUAAUGAAAAUUUUAAUCCUGCACCUGGCUACAUCCCACCCUCUAAUUCACAAGCCCCCAACACUAUCCCACUAUACUCUUCAGAGUAUGAUGAUGACAACAGAUAUUACCCCUACUCUAAAUCCAUGGGAGGACAGAAUGCAUCUGAUAACCACUAUACAGGGAAAGCUACAAAUGGUUCAAGUGGGUCUUAUCCUAGCACUAACAGACAUAGUGCAUCAUACUCAAAUUAUCCAACUAACAACCAUUAUGCAACUGGAGCCCCACCUCGUGAUGACAGUAAACGGCAGCAGGAACAUCAGCAGCAAAUGCAGCAGCAACAGCAGCAUCAUCAACAACUACAAAAGCAUCAUCAACAGCUGCAACAGCAGCAACAAUCGUAUGCUGCUUCCCACCAACAGCAGUACAGUGGACCGCCUCCUUCAUCACAACAUCGUCACCCACCCCAGACUUCUUCCACCUCCUUCCUUCAUCAUCAGCAUCAACAACAGUUCCAGCAACCACAACAAAAGCAGCAGCAUCCUCCCACCUCUUCAUACCAUCACCAUCCUGCUCCCCAGAAUAUGUUUCACGAUGCAAACCAUAACUCUCCCUACUCAGCACGUACUUCCCAGACACUCAUCUACUCCAGUCAGACUGGUCCAGUGCAACAGCAGCCAACCCGUCGUGUUGGCAGCAUAGCUGACUAUGACCCUGUGAAUGAGCAGUACGGUUCUAUAAGUCAGGGAAAUGCCAAUCCUGCAGGUGGGGGUUAUCGACAAGAGACAACAUAUCAGGUUCAGCGUACCAAUCUUUAUGGAGACCAGCAGUCUUCACCUGCACAGAUGAACUCUAACCCAUCAGCUCAUCACAAGGUUACUGCUCCACCUACACAGCUUGGGCGCUGUUAUCGUGCUAUGUAUGACUAUGAGGCUGCUGACACCGAUGAAGUGAGCUUCAGGGAUGGAGACCUCAUAAUCAACUGUACAGCCAUUGAUGAAGGUUGGAUGACUGGCACAAUUCAACGUACUGGAGUUACAGGCAUGCUACCUGCAAACUAUGUGGAACGUGUUAGCUGAAUUUCUUCAGAAUGCCACAAAUUCAUUAGGGUCUUCUUAAGGGAUAUUUUAUUUGAGGUAUUUUACUUAAGAUAAAAAUAAAUUCUUAUCAAGAAUUACUCAAAGGUUUUUGUUAAAUUUUUAUCUUCUAGAUUAAUCAUGAUUAAAAUAUUUAUAUAUAUACUGUAUAUAUAUACAGAUUAAAAAAUUUAAUGAAGACCCUCAACCUUGUGUACUGUAUUUAAAUUCAGCAUAUAAGAUAAUUUAUCAUAGCAAAUUUAGACCUAAAACUUUGCUUAUCUUUUUAUUCCAAUAAUUGUACAUAUACAAAGCUUAUGAUUUGUAAGCAGAGAUGUAGGGCUCUUGUGAAUGCUUUUUUCCUGUUUUACUGGAAGUAAAUAUUUUUGGGAUGGCACAAUUGAAACGCCUGUUUGGAAUCACAUUAGUUUAUAUUGUAUAGAUGAUGCAUCAUUUUCUUUACCAAAGCUUGUGAAUGUGGUUAUUCAAGCCAACAAAGAAGCAUUUAAUUGUUGAAAGUAUGAAAAUUGGAGGUGAUAUGAAUGGAACACUAAAGUGGCCUUACCUUAGCCUUAUUAUACAUUUUACUAAUACAGUAUUUCUUGAAACAGCAAAUUCAACAAAAUGCUACAUUACAUCUAUAUGCUGCAGGAUAUAUUUUUUUGUGAUUUAGAAUCAGUGUAAAAACUGAAAACCAUUAUUUUGUUAUUGAUUAAUAAUGUUUAGCUAAGACGUGGAUAAAAGAGAAAUAGUGUACUACAGUAGCUUGUCCUGAGGUUUUACAGUCAGGCCAGCUGACACUGCAUAUUUCAUAUAUAGUACUCUGUGUAAAGGUUGACAUUUAUGCUUAUGGAAUUUUUAAAUGCUGUUGGUCACUAAUGAAAGGUUAAACUGUGACUGUAAAACAGAUCCAUGCAAAGAAUAUCUUAAUUCAACUAAGUAAUGGCAUCUUUAAAGUUUGCACUGUACUCAGUAAUGUUAGUUUUUUGUUCACACUGCCUAGUGUUCAUAACAAAUUGGGAAAUAAUAAGUUAAAAAAUUUCACCCAAUAUAGAUGAAAAAUGCAUACUGACAAACAAUUUUUCACAUGAAUUUAUUUGGAAUAAUGGAAAGAAGAAAUAGUUUUAUAGUUGUUAAAUGAUUUUAAUUGCUUUAUGACACUACUUUAGGUUAUACAGUUGGUUGAUUUAAUCUGUUUUGCCUAUAUGUAAUGGCUAUUACAGGGUACUUUAAUACUGUUCUUUAAGUUCAUUGUAAUACCAGUUGUUACAGAGUUGGAGUUCAUCACAGUAGCCACUCUAUGUGUUUUAGUAGUAAUGUGUUUAUGUAAUUAAUAUUUAACAUUAAGAGACAUGGUGCUGUGGAAUAAAUGUUUCCUGUCUUUG